AUGGAUUUCCUCAAACCAGAAACCGUUCUUGAUCUUUCAAACAUUAGAUCCGCCUUGGUGAGAAUGGAAGAUACUAUUAUCUUCAACUUCAUUGAACGCUCUCAAUUCUUCUCCACCCCAUCCAUUUAUGAACCAAACAGGUACCCAAUCCCUAACUUCAAUGGCUCUUUUGUCGAAUACGCUUUGCUUCAAAAAGAGCGCUCGGAGUCACAAUUACGCCGGUUCCAAGCCCCAGAUGAACAUUCUUUUUUCCCAGCCUCUGAACUUUGUGAACCAAUUUUACUGCCUAUCAAUUACCCAAAGAUCCUUGCCAGCUACAAUGAGGAAAUCAACGUCAAUGACGAAAUCAAAGAAUAUUAUAUCAACAACAUUGCUCCGGUGAUUAGUGUUACUCAGGGAGAACAACAAGAAAACUUGGGAAGUUGUACUUUAUGUGAUAUCGACUGCUUACAAGCUUUGAGUAGAAGAAUCCAUUUUGGAAAAUUUGUGGCUGAAUCAAAAUUUAUUAAUGAUCGCGAAGCCUACACAAUCAUGAUCAAGAAUAAAGACGCCAAGGGACUUGAGGCUGCCAUCACCAACGCCGCUGUUGAGGAAAAAAUCUUGCAAAGGUUGACUGAAAAAGCCGUGGCCUAUGGUACUGAUCCUUUACUUAGAGUCAGCCAGAACCAACAGAGUAAAGUGAGGAGUGACGUGUUGGUGAGCAUUUACAAAAACUGGGUGAUUCCUUUGACAAGGAAAGUAGAAGUUGAUUAUUUGCUAAGAAGAUUGGAAGAUGAUUACUGA